GAAUAUCUAUAUAAAUGUUGAUACUAGCUAGUGAAGUUCUGUUCCACUGAUAUAAAAUGCUAAAAGUAAGGCAUCCCGGAACCCACAGUGGAAUAGGCAGUCUCAUGCACCCCUCCGUUUCAAUUGAAAAAGGCCAACUACGCCAAUGUAUGGCCAGCUACACCACUGCAUGUAUUCAAUAAUAAUCCUCCACAUAAUGCCCGGUCUGUAUUGUACAUGUGUAUAAAUACAGUAUAGCAAUAUAUGUAUAGAAAACAAACAAUAGGCUAUGAUCAAUGCAUCAGUUAUCAUGGGCACUCGGGUGGAAAUAACUGAAGUACAGUUAGGGACCAAAAGUUUUGUUCCACUUUUAUUUUUUCCAUUUCGUUUUAUUAAAAAAUGUCAAUUAAUAAAACUGAUAAUCUGUAUGGUAUAAGUUUAUUUAUUGUGUUAAAAUACUUCAUAGUAGACAUACCUUAAAUGCCAAUGAUUAUUUUAACUAAAAAUACACAUUUUAAAUUUUUCAAAAAUAUGACCCUUAGUUAUAAACUGUUUGAAUUUCAAGAAAACAAAUAUGAAAUAAAACUAUUUUUUGUGACAGUUUGAUAGGAAUAUAACUUAUUUAUCAGUAUUUGAAGCUAUUAUAUAAAACUAUCAACUACUGAGGUCAAGAAAUAGCAUUGAACUUAGGGCAAAAUCCCUAUCAUAAUGUCCGAUGUCCUUUUAAUCUGAACAUCACUUAUCUUUUCUUAUCUGUGAAAAUGUUUAAACAGUACCCUAAAAUAAAUACAAAUCUGAAAUAUUGAAAUUUGAACGACACUGCAAAAAUCUGGUAUAACUUAAAACUUCCUGGUAUAUAAAACAUGGAUAAAAUGAAGACUGUCAAUUACAUUCCAACAAUUCUGUUGGUUUUGGUGCUGAUUAUAUUGUGUGUUGGAAAUUCGGAUAUACUUUCAAGAACACUCUUCCACAGAAUCCAGUAUUUAGAAAGAAGAGAAAUGGAACAACAAGUUCGAAUUGAACUUCUUGAAAAACAAGUUCUGGACUCCAUGGACAAGCUUAACCGCCUCUGGUCAUCUAAUGAUGAAUUGCAACAACAAAGUGCUAAUCAAGCUGUAAAACUGCAAGGCAAAGAGGAUACUAUAGCUAAACUUAAACAGGACUUUGCAGAUGAAAUUGAUGCAAUUAAAAGGAAAACCAAUAAACAGGCUGACAGAAUCAAACAACUGAAUGCCUUCUUUGCCAAUCCAGAAGAUGGUUCCAGAUUAUCUGAACAUAUUUCGUAUGAUGCAAAUGAAAAUAAAGAUAAUGUAGACUAUGAACCAGACCAAGAAAAUCUUGAUGAAGCAAAAUCAGACACUCUGAAUACAACAGUUGGAGAAUCAUUACAUAGAACAAUUAAUGGACAAAUGAAAACAGUACAGUAUGCAACGAAGCAGCACAAGCCAACACCACCAGCAACAAAUACUGUGGCGUUCCAUGCAAGACAAAUGCAAGACUCUGUGAAAUAUCCUAACAUCCAUGACGUUAUUAAGUUUGAAAACGUUACACUAAACCAAGGACAUGGCUACCACUCCAGGCAAGGGUUAUUUAUCGCCCCUCAAGCAGGACUAUAUCUGUUUUCUGUUUCAAUCAAUGCUGACAGUGAAAGUAAAUAUGACAUCUGGGCUUCUGUCAUGAAAAAUGGAAAUGCACUGGCAAGAAUUCAAUGUCUUGGUUCUGAGAAGGAAUUUUUUGAUGAUCAAAGUUCUGUUACUAUGGUAACAUGGAUGGAGUUUGCAGAUGAAGUCUGGACUGAAGUCUACUCACCAGGAAAUGUUUCUACAUUGGGAAAUGGAUUCUCUAGUUUUACUGGCAUUCUUGUACAUUAACAAUUAGCCUGCUAAAUUUCUAAAAUGGACUGGUCCAUCAUUCAAUUUGGGCAAUACCAUUUAUUAUUCGAAGGGGUAUUCACUGAAAAUUUACCGACUGAAUAGCGAACAGUGCAGACCAUGAUCAGCCUGCACGGAUUUGCAGGCUGAUCUUGGUCUGCACUGAUCGCAAAGGCAGAAUCGCUUGCCUCCAGCAGGCUAAAGGUUAACAUGGUCAAUAUUUGCUAAUUUUUCUUGAAAAUGCAAAAUUUUCCCUCAAGGAAAACUGGAAAUGACUACCGGUACUCUGUGUUACAUAUGUAAAAAAAGUCUAAAUUAUAGCUCAUACUGUUGAUAAAAUAUUGUUUAGAUUAUUCUUAAUAUAUGAUGUGAUAGUUGUGUUUGGGGUUUCGUUUAACUGCAGACUAUAUUCAAAAAAUAGAUCAUAGUCACUGCUCA